AUGUCCUCCGACUCCUACCUUGCCCUCCCGGGUUCGGUGGCGUUCUCCCGCUCUCGCGGACAGGCCAUCGCUGCGAGCCUGGGUGUACAGGAUGUCCGAGCCCAAUGGGUUCACUACAUCCACACCUCUCAGCCGCUUGACAACUCGCAGCGUGCUGUCCUGGAGCAAUUGCUCCGUUACGGCGACAUCAACGACGUUCCUCCCACCUUCACCUCCGAUGACGGCAAAUUCGAUACUUUCUACAUCUUCCCCCGAACCGGAACCAUUUCGCCAUGGAGCUCCCAAGCCACCGGUAUCUCACACGUCUGCGGCCUGCGCAACUCUGUGAAGCGUAUCGAGCGUGGUAUGAAGGUCUCCUGCCUCCGCAAUGGCCCCGAAGACUACAAGACCGGCUACAUGGAUCUGCUCCACGACCGCAUGACCCAGAUCAUUAGCCAAGAUGAGCCAGAGCUCCAGUUGAUGUUCUCCGAGCACGCCCCUCAGCCUCUCAAGACCAUCUCUCUCCAGGGUGGCGCCAAGUCUCCCAAAGAGACCCUCCAAGAAGCAAACAAGGAACUCGGUCUGGCUCUGGAUGAGUCUGAGAUCGAAUAUCUCGCGGAGGCUUAUGGUCCCAACGGUGCCAUUGCGCGCGAUCCCACUGACGUCGAACUUUUCAUGUUCGCCCAAGUCAACUCCGAGCACUGCCGUCACAAGCAGUUCAACGCAUCCUGGGUCAUCGAUGGCAAGCCCAUGCCCAACAGCCUUUUCGCCAUGAUCCGCAACACCCACAAGAAGCACCCCGAGCACACCGUCAGUGCCUACUCAGACAACGCUGCCGUUCUGGAAGGUAGCGAGGCUGCCUUUUGGGCUCCUGACCCCACCACUGGCGAGUGGAACCACACCAAGGAACUCGUUCACUUCCUUGCUAAGGUUGAGACUCACAACCACCCUACUGCCGUUUCCCCUUACCCAGGUGCUGCCACUGGUGCCGGUGGUGAGAUCCGUGAUGAAGGCGCUGUUGGCCGUGGCUCUCGCCCCAAGGCCGGUCUCUCCGGUUUCUGUGUCUCCGACCUCAUGAUCCCUGGUAACGAACAACCCUGGGAGCUUGAUGUUGGCAAGCCAAACCACAUCGCCAGCAGCUUGGAUAUCAUGCUGGAGGCUCCCAUUGGCAGUGCCGCUUUUAACAACGAGUUCGGUCGUCCUUGCACAGCCGGAUAUUUCCGUACCCUUCUCACUGAGAUUGAUGUUGGCAAUGGCCAGAAGGAAAUCCGUGGUUACCACAAGCCCAUCAUGAUUGCUGGUGGUGUCGGUACCGUCCGUCCCCAGCACGCCCUUAAGAACCCCGAUGUUGUUAAGCCCGGCUCUUUCCUUGUUGUCCUGGGUGGCCCUGCCAUGCUCAUUGGUCUUGGUGGUGGUGCCGCCUCUAGUAUUGCUUCUGGAGAGGGUUCCGCGGAUCUUGACUUCGCCAGUGUCCAGAGAGGCAAUGCCGAGGUUCAGCGCAGAGCUCAAGAGGUUAUCAACGCCUGUGUUGCGAUGGGUAACAACAACCCCAUCAAGUUCAUUCACGAUGUUGGUGCUGGUGGUCUCUCCAACGCCCUUCCAGAGCUUAUCCACGAUUCCGGCCUGGGAGCGAAGUUCGAGCUUCGUGAAGUUGACAGCGCUGACCGCAGCAUGAGCCCCAUGCAAAUCUGGUGCUGUGAGGCUCAAGAGCGUUAUGUCCUGGCUGUCGGUGAGGAUUCGAUGAACAAGUUCACUGCCAUUGCUCACCGUGAGCGUUGCGGCUUCUCCGUUGUUGGUCGCGGAGGCGGCACUUCUGAGGAAGAGAAGCGUCUUAUCCUGAUGGACCGCGAGUCUACUGAGUACCCGGCCCCCAUCGACCUGCCCUUGUCGGUCCUUUUCGGCAAGCCUCCUCGCAUGACCCGAACCGUCGAUUCGCGCAAGUUGACCCUUCCCGCUGUGGACUCCAGCCUUACCAAGUACCUGCCUUCGCUCACUUCCAAGACCGAGCUGGUUGGUGAGGCCGUGAACAGAGUUCUCUCUCUACCUGCUGUCGGCUCAAAGUCUUUCCUUAUCACCAUUGGUGACCGAACCGUCGGUGGUUUGACCGCUCGUGACCAGAUGGUUGGCCCAUGGCAGACCCCCGUUUCCGAUGUCUCUGUCACUGCUACCUCUCUGCUCCAGGGAGUGAAGACUGGUGAAGCUAUGGCUAUGGGUGAGAAGCCUACCCUGGCUCUUAUCUCAUCCGGUGCUUCCGCUCGUAUGGCUGUUGCUGAGUCUCUUAUGAACAUUGCCGCUUCUGACCUGGUGGACCGUCUUUCCCAAGUGAAGCUUUCCGCUAACUGGAUGUCCGCCAGCAGCCACCCCGGUGAGGGCGCUGCCAUCUACGAGGCUGUUGAGGCCAUCGGUCUGGAUAUGUGCCCUAAGCUUGGCAUUUCCAUUCCGGUUGGUAAGGACUCUAUGUCAAUGAAGAUGAAGUGGAAGGACGAGGCCUCGAACGAGGCCAAGGAGGUUACUGCGCCCAUGUCAUUGGUCAUUACCUCUUUCGCCCCCGUUGGCGACUACCGCAAGACUUGGACCCCUGCUCUCCGCAGCUUUGAGGAUGUCGGAGAGACUGUCCUCAUGUUCGUUGAUCUCGCUUUCGGUCGCAAGGCCCUUGGUGGAUCUGCUCUCGCCCAGGUCUUCGGUGAGGUUGGCUCUGAGUGCCCUGAUGUUCGCGACAUGGAUAUCUUCCGUGACUUCUUCGAUGCUACCCAGCAGCUCCAGGAGUCUGGAAUUGUCCUGGCCUACCACGACCGCUCCGACGGUGGACUCCUCACUACUCUGGCUGAGAUGAUGUUUGCUGGCCGUUGUGGUGUCGAGAUCAUGACUGACAACAUCUGCUCCUCCUUCAACACCCCCGACGUUGUCGAGGCUCUCUUUAACGAGGAGCUGGGUGCUGUCUUCCAGGUUCGCAAGGAGCACGAGAUUCAGUUCCGCUCUUGCUUCGCUACUUGUGGUCCUCCCGCCGGUCUGAUUCACAAGAUUGGUCGCGUUUCUGAGCAGCCCAAGCAGAACCUCACCAUCUACCACAAGGCCUCCCUGAUCUUCCGCGAGACCCGCGCCAAGCUCCAGCAAACCUGGUCCAAGACCUCCUACUCUUUACAAAAGAUCCGUGACAACGCUGAGUGUGCCGACCAAGAGUUUGAGAACAUACUCGAUGACAAGAACCCCGGUCUGUCCUGGAACCCUAGCUUCGACCCCAAGGACCGAGGCCUGCCCAUCAUGACCAGUCUCUCUCAAUAUUCACCCUUCACCAACAAGCCCCGCGUCGCCAUUCUCCGUGAACAAGGUGUCAACAGUCAGGCCGAGAUGGCCUUCGCCUUCAACACCGCCGGCUUCUCCGCCGUCGACGUCCACAUGACCGAUAUUAUCUCUGGUCGAGUUUCCCUGGCCAGCUUCGCCGGUCUCGCCGCCUGCGGUGGUUUCUCUUACGGUGAUGUUCUCGGUGCCGGCCAAGGCUGGGCCAAGUCCGUCCUGCUGCACGAUAACACCCGUAAAGAAUUCCAAUCCUUCUUCGAGCGCCCCGACACAUUCGCCCUGGGUGUCUGCAACGGCUGUCAAUUCCUGUCUCGCGUGAAGGAGCUUAUCCCCGGUGCCGGCAACUGGCCCAGCUUCGAGCGCAACACUAGCGAGCAGUACGAGGGCCGUGUCUGCAUGGUCCAAGUUUCCGACCCGGAUCCUUCGCGCCCUGGAGUCUUCUUCCACGGUAUGGACGGUACUUCUCUGCCCAUUGCCGUUGCCCACGGCGAAGGCCGCGCAUCGUUCGCCGGUACCCCCGGCAUGUCUGCUAGCGACUUUGUUCGCGAGGGUCUGGCUCCUGUCCGCUUUGUCGACAAUGCUACUCUCAAGCCUACCCAGCGUUACCCCUUCAACCCUAACGGCAGUCCCGAGGGUAUCGCUGGUGUCCGCAGUCCCGACGGUCGUGUUCUGGCCAUCAUGCCUCACCCUGAGCGUACCGUCAUGAACGGCAUUGCCAGCUACAACUCUCCCGAUGCCGAGCAGUGGGGUGACAUUGGUCCUUGGGGCCGCAUCUUCUUCAGUGCCAGACGUUGGGUUGGCUAG